AUGGGUCUGUUUGCAUGCCUCUACUCUCUAAUCUUCAUUCUCCUCUUUCUUACUUCUUCUUCGUCUUCUCCAUUGUGCCAUCCCCAUGAAUCCUCUGCUUUGCUCCACUUUAAAAACUCUUUGCCCAACAUCCAUGGCACAACCUACUGUUAUGAUUAUUAUCAUCUUGAAAUUGUUAAUCCUAAUAGUACAAUUUCAUGGGAUAUAAAGAGCAAGGAUUGUUGCAGAUGGAGUGGAGUCACGUGCGAUGACGUCACAGGCCACGUCAUACGCCUUGACCUCAAAUGCAGUGGGCUUCAAGGCAUUCUUCACUCCAACAACACUCUUUUCUCUCUCUCUCAUCUCCAAUCUCUUGUUCUCUCUGGGAAUCAUUUUGAUGGCUCCACAAUUUCAUCUGAAUUUGGUAAGUUUUCAAAUAUGGUUCACCUUGACCUUUCUCUCUCUGGUUUCAUUGGCCAAGUCCCUCUCCAAUUGUCUUACUUGUCCAACUUGCUUACACUUGACUUGAGUUUUAAUUAUGAUUUGAAACUAGAGACAUCUAGCUGGAAAAGAACUGUUGCAAAUCUAACUAAUAUCAGAGAAUUGUUUCUUAGUGGUGUUGAUAUGUCUUCUACUUCACCUGAUUCCUUUAUGAAUCUCUCAACUUCUUUGACAUCUCUUGAUCUUAGUUGGAAUAAUUUGCAGGGGAAACUUCCAGAAAAUGUUCUCAGUUUGCCAAACCUUCAACAACUCGAUUUGUUUUACAAUACCAAUCUCACUGCUUCUUUUCCACAACAUAAUUGGAGCAGCCCACUUAAGGUGUUGAAUCUUUCUAGAUCUGGAGUCGUGAUAGAUCCUUACCUUUGUAGAAAGUUCAAGUAUUUACAAGUUAUAUCUCUUUAUGGAUCCAAUUUCAAUUGCACACAAAUCACCUCCUUACACCUUUCUGAAAAUGAUUUAGGUGGUUUCUUCCCAUGGUCAUCCUGUUAG